UAUCGGUACGCAACAGCAGACUUCAGGACACUCCCAAGACUUUCAAGGACUUUAUAUGCAGAAUCGGGAAAGGAUUGCGGCGCACAUUGUUCGACGCCACAUAUUACGAUCGGUGCCGAUGCUCAUACCGGUUGCAAUACCUCAACGAGUUGCACGGCGAGCAGUAUGAAGGCUUUGUGAACGUCACGCCGUGAAACGCAGAGGGAGCAACCGUGAACAAAGGGCCCCAGGACCGCGGCCGGAAAUGGUGUUCAGGGGUACAUUGCAGACCGACGAGCCAAGGGAUGCGCCACGACUCGUCAGGAUGGCACCUCUGCGCACCAGUCGUCUCAAUGAACAAGGUGCCAGGACCACGUCGUACCUGGCGCAACACAUCGACGAGGAAAAUGCCAAGCUGAUCGAGGAGAGGCGCUUGAGACGCGAACGGGAUAUAGAGACGGUCGAAAGAGUCAUCCUCAGGAAUACCGGGGUGAAGGUCGUUGGCGUGCCCAGACUCAGGAAUAUCAAUCAAAUUCGAGAAACUGUCUUCGUGGACUCUUCUGUGACGCCCAUAGAACAGAUUGGCAGGAACAGUAAAGUGAACAGGCCGCACUCGGUUGCCCUUGGCCACCAAGUGGAUCAUGGGCUAAAAAAUAAAAAUUUGAAAAAUUCGAGAACUCAUUCUCAAAGCAGUAUGCUCGCGAAUCUCAAAGACCUCGAGAGACUCAGAACGACCCCGUCCUCUUCGCCGGAGAAGAGCUUGAAACCGAGUAGGAGCCAGGAUGCACCUUCCAGGAUUGCUACCUUCUCGGGAAAAGAGAGAAUCAAUCAGAAAAAACACAAUGAUAACUCUAGGAUAUGCUCGGAUAUAUUUAGGAUACAACAGAUGUUUCAAGAUUCUGGAAGUGAAGGCUCCAGGAGGUCAAACUUGAAAAAUUCAAAGAAUCAAAGGGAUCUCGAGGAUGCUGAGAGGAAGAAGAAACUCUGCCCCGAGACCAGCAGAACUAAAUUGCUCGCACAGAAGAUAGUGGAAGCAUCCAGGAACAAUAAGGACAUCUCCAUCAAGGAGAAACUCAGGGAUAAGGAUAUCUCAAGGAGCCUGCACUUGACAAAAUCCAACAGUCCGACAAAGGAUCAGCGUAGAAACGAGAAGCCCGCGAGCAAUGACAUAUCACAGACUAUGAAUAGUGAGAAAUUUUCGACAUUCAAUAGGAAUACUUGCACAAGUCUUUUUGAGAAUGAGUACGUCAGGAGGUCCAUGCUGGAUUCUGUUGGCCCAACUGAGAAUGCACAGCAUCCUCAACCGCCCGCGCGGCGCAAAAGAGACUUCAGAACAACAGAGCCAGAACAAACGAUUCUGGACUUUCCAAAUAUGCCGAGCGGUGUCAAGGAGGAGGACAGAACCAGGAAGACGUUAGAGAGGCCAGAUAUCCUGGAAGGACUACUUCAAGAAUCCAAUGAGCAGCUGAAGGACUUGGAGGCCGAUAUAAAUCGACGUGGGCGUCCGAGAAGUCACUGGCGAGGGUUCGUCCAGUCCAUGAGGUUGCACGACGUGGAUCUUCACUCUGACAGCGAAGAGCAGUCGAAAGAUCUCAGUCUGUGGAACAAGAGCAUUAGCCAAAGAUGGCGAAAGCUACGAAGAAGAUGCUCCGUUCAGGAAAUAUCGGAACCUCAGGAAGCCCUUUUACAGGGUGCUUCAGCCCGAGGCAUUAUCCAAAGCGUCAGGUCGACGCCGACCAGCCGAGAAGUCUCGCCGGCCGCCAAAUCCCUUCAGGAAGGUUCCUCUCCGAAGAAACUUUUGCAAACGAGUUCCUUACGUUUGCCCGGUACUGCAAAAGGUCUGUCGGAGAUUCAAAGUGUCUUGAGAAGCAAAUUCAGUAAGAUAAACGCCGGUAUAAGAAAGAGGAAGGCCCUGAGCGUGACAGAGGUAUUUCCUGGGAAAGAUAAUUCCUCGAGUUUCUACGUACCAAGUCCUUUGACGACUUCCUGCAGCGAUAAGUUCAGCACCUCCAGCUACGAGGCAACAGAGCCGUCUUCUUUACCUCCGUAUCCAUUCCACGAGAACUUGGAGACCCUGGCCGAGAAUAGCGCACCUAAUUCCCCACGUUACAACACCGGGACGAAUGACGGCUCCCAGUCGUUCACUUACGACCACGAACAGGAUGGCGGCAACAGCAAGGAUCAUGAAAGCGUCCUAUUCGCCAGGUGCUCGCAAAGACAGCGCGGUCAACUUCAGAGGAGCAACUCCGAGACUCGCGAUAGAAGCACUCCCGAACAUUCCUACGAAAACGUCCAGUUUCAAAGGAUCCUCUCGAAGGGGUGUCACUUUGGUGGCGCCCUGUCCAGGAGCAACUCCGAGAGCAGAGACGUUCCUCACUGUUAUGAGAACGUUCACUUUCAGAGAAAUCCCAACAGUAGGAAUCAUUCGGAUUCCGGUUUCGAAGGUAUACACAUACCCAGGGUCGCUGCAAGGAAAAAAACGACAGACUUCAAGGUUGGCGGACAGGUCUCCAGCUACGCUACCUCGUCUUCCGAAGUGCCGAACAAGAAGCCGGACGAUGGUCCUUCUAGCUUGGGCGCCGAUAAACGUAGCCCCAGUAAGAAAAGCACACGUAGAGUGAGCAGCCGCAGCGUGGCCAACAUACCCAGCACCUCAGGGAACGCUCUAAAAACGUGGCAGGGUCUCCAGGAUGCCGACGAGGGUCUGAAUACUGAUUCCGAACUGGAGGACAUCGACGAGAAUACGGAGGGCGAGGAAUCACGGUUCUGCACGCUUCCACGUCCCGGAAAAGCCGGCGCUUCCUUCACCAUACUCACCGCCAGGUUCAUCAAGGGACCUGGACACAAGGGUCUGGGCUUUAGCAUCGUAGGCGGCACCGACAGUCCUCGCGGGAACAUGGGAAUAUAUGUAAAGACUGUGUUUCCCAACGGACAAGCGGCAGAGCUGGGCACCGUCAAGGAAGGCGAUGAAAUUUUGUCUGUAAAUUCGAAACCUCUUCAUGGCAUGACCCACGCCGAAGCCAUAGCCGAGUUCAAGUCGGUCAAAGCCGGUGACGUGGUUCUUCAUAUCGGACGUCGCGUGCCAAAACGGAAACGGGAGUCCCUGACGCUUCCGCCGACAGCUCCUACGUCCCGUCCGACUGUCAAGUGAAAUAACAAGUGCGGUGGAGUCCGUCGAGCUUCGCUACAAAAUGGGCAUCAGUGAUGAGAAUUCGAAAUUGAUACCCCAUCGACGAAAUUUACCAUUGACGGUAUUAAAGGCAUCUUCCAUUACCACAUUUAUUCCAUUAGCCACUAAGAUUUAUAUCGAAUGAAAAUUGAUCGUUAGUUAAGUAGAGAUUCGAACAAGAGAAAUCGAUAUAAGCGACAACAGAAGCAAAGACAGAUACAUAACAGAUAGAUACGAAAUUCAGUCGUAAAUAUACGCAUGAAACCAAAUGCUCUGGAACUAUAAGAAAUUUUAUAAAAUGAUUCAGGGAAUUUGAAUUUUUAGACAAGGACGAAAAUAAAAAGGUUCAAGCAAUAGCAUGACGGGCGCGAAUCGCUGUAUCAAUUAAUAUACAUAUACAUUCGUAAUCUGUAUAGUAAGUCGUAAGAUAUAUACAUAUAUAUAUUCGCAUAUACUAUAUACCUAUGCAUAUCUCCUUGAUGAGGGACCUAAGAAAGCGAUGCUGUCGCGUAUCAAUCCAAAGCCUCUCGAGCGUUUGAUAUUAUUUUUUUACUCAGAACUUUCUUAGGAUUCUCUAUCUAUAUCUUGCACUCACAUAUCCUACAGCGAGCAUCAAAGAUAAUUAAACGGAAUAAUUAAACGGAGCAGCAGCAGGGACAAAGAGACAACUAAAGAGGAAUACGGGAAAGGAAAGAAAUAUAAAAGAGCUAGACCAACGCGAGAGAUUCACUCCAAAGACGCAGCCCAAAAAUAUUUUCUACUAACGUACGUUAUACAGUAAUAGUGAGACUAUAUAAGGAUGAAAAAUGUGAAGGAAAGAUUAAUGGCGAGAAGGUGUAAGGGAAGGCCGCAAAGGCACGGAUGAACAAAUUUAGUAAUAUGUUAAUGAAUAAUAUAUAGUAGUUUUAAAGAGACGAAAUGGCAAUUGGUAUUUUUUAAUAAGUUAAUGGGAGACCAUCAUGACGCGGAUCUCCGACUCUUUUUCUCUUAGGACAAAAAUCUUUGUUUGGCGCAUCUAGUCGACUUUUAAGAUUUUUCUGGCUUUCCAAAGGCUUUUCUUCGGGGCUUUAACAAAAAGUUAUAUCGGGAAUACACCUAAAAGUAUAUGUAAUAUAUUUUAUUCACGACUGAGCUAUAAUAGCCACUUUAUUCCCUGAAAAGCAGGACUAAAGUAGCAUUUUAAUCCCGCAUAUUUGGUUUUCCCGCAAAUUUACUUUAUUCCCAUAUUUUGCGGGAAUAAUGAACUUUAUUCCCGCAAAAUUUUGAAUUUUUUUUUAAUUUUGAAAAUUUUGAAAAUUUUUGAAAAUUUUUGAAAGUUUUAAAAAGGUGAAAAAUUAAAAAAUUUUGAAUUUUUUGAAUAUUUGAAAAAACGUAUAUUUUCAUCAUAAUGACGGUGGCUGACUUGGUUCCACUUUUCAGGGAAUAAAGUGGCUAUUAUAGCUCAGUCGUGAAUAAAGCACUAUAUGUAACACGAGAGUAAAGUCGGUUAUUCCCUCGUGUGAUUUACUGCCCUCGCUUCGCUCGGGCAGUACACUCUCACCCACGGGAAUAAUCAACGACUUUACUCCCUUGUUUCAUAAUGUACUAUUAAUAUCAAUAUUUUUUUAAAUAUAUGUAUAAAUGCGCGAAUGACUUAACGCUCAAAGGAUUAUGGAAGAAAAGGGAGAACGCGACAAAGAACAAGCAACGAUAAAAGAUGUUUAGUUUACUGCAGUAUAUUGUCCCAUAGUAUGUUCCGCUGUCUGGUACGCUACCUUAUAGGUAGAUAUUGUGUUACUCGUCAAUGGGAUUCACGACUAUCUAUAGUUCUAUACCCGUAUCUGCACGCUUUAUUGAAAUUUCAGGUUCCUUGUUCGAGCGCACCGAAAGAAGAAGAAAGCAAAGAGAAGAGAAAGAUCGAAAUAACUAAUAUUAAUUGUCCUCCUUGCGAUCUUGGAAUCUAAUUCUUUAAUGUUAUUCUAGUUAUUCUAGUUAUGAGAUCGAAUCAAAACUCGACAAGGAAAAAGGUAGCAACGAUAAAAGCUUUCCAAUUUUCCGAAAAAAAAAGCAGAACAUAUCGUAUCCGAAUAAACUCGCGAGUGUGGAAACGCGAAACAGAGAUCAAAUACAGAAACAGAAGAAUCAAGCCAAACAAAGCUACGGAUAGUAAUAACAGUAAGAAGUGUGAAAAAUGAAAAACGAAAAAGUUCAUGUGAAAUGCAAUACUUUUCUAAUUUAAAAGGAAGCGAGCGUACUAUUUACAAUCGUCGGAAAUACAUAUGAGAAUAUACAUGUACACUAAUUUACAUAUACCACAAAUAUAUAUAUAUAUAUAUAGAUAUAUUUUAGAAUUUUUAUUGGAUGAAUAACGUACAGGUACCAUAUAUGUAUAUAUUGAAAUGUACACACUUUAUUACGAGACGAUGAAAUAUUUUCGUGGUACUUUCCCCGUGAAUGUAAAGGCGAUAAUAAAGUAAAGAACAAA